GCUCGGUGUGCGUGUCGGUGUGUUGUAAGAGGAGGAAAGGAAAGAAAAAGAAAAAAUAAUUUAAAAAAUAAAAAAGAACAGGGCAGAGCAGAGCAGAAAGGAAAGGAAAAGUCUCUCGGCUGCUCGGAACUAGUUGGCAAUGCCUGGGGUGCAACGGCCCCCCACAUUUCCCCAAGUCACACUUUAAGGAAAGAAAGACAGGGAAGAGAAAGAGACACGAAAGAUCUGCAGUCGCAAAUGGUUGUACUCAAUAUAGGAUGGGACUUAAGUUGAACGGCAGAUACAUUUCUCUGGUCCUUGCUGUGCAGCUAGGUAAGUGGACUCACACUUUCUUAUGGAAGCAAGGGAUUGGGGGGGGGGAGGAUUUUGAAAGGGGGGGUUGCCUUCAAAUGCACCAAAGUAUGCAUAGAGAAAGUAAAUAAAAAAAAUAUGCAAAGCAACCCGGAAUAGGCAAAUUAUUGCUGGCCAAAGAUUGCCAAUAAUUUGUGACAACGAGACUCUGCAAUACGAGGUCUGCAGCGCCGAAUGUCUCUCUUCUCGCUUUUGUUUGAGAAAACACAGUUUGCUGGUUGCUUCAAAAUCUCCCCCCUUCAUUUCCCUUCCCCCUGCCCAAAAAGACCCCUUCCUCAAUUGCAUUGCUGUGUUGCUUAUUUCUUGCCCCAAAUAUAUUCGCGCGCGCGCGCGCGCGCACAAAAAGCUUGCAUCUCUGGAGGGCUGCAUCCUAUUUGUCCAAAGCUAAAUUCAUACCCCCCCCCCCGCAACCUCCGGGCCGAAAAAUAAUAAGGAAAUAAAUGGAGAAGGAAGAGAAAUUAAGAGAGAUUGGUACAAAACAAUGUAAUUCCACCACUUCGAAAUCCGAAUCUGCAAAAGGGGAGGGAGAAAGCAAGAAAAUCAAAAGGCAGUUUGAAGUUUCUGUCCCAACUGCAAUCGUUUUACAAAAGUAUACUGGAGAGGAGGAAGAGGGAGCAUCUUGUAUCAAAAGGUGAAGAAGGAAGGAGAAAUCAAGGCGAUCUUUGGCUAAGGUGGCUCGGGUUUUCUGAGCCUCUCUCCCUAAAAUAUUUGUUUUAAAAUACUUAUAUUUGGAUGGGGGGUUACUAAAAAUAGCACGGACUUCAUUGCACGUUGGGGAGGGGGACCCGGGGCUCGGUUUGUCCCUGGUUUUGUUUGAUGUGCUAUUCAAGGGUCCUCGUUUGAAUGCUGUUGGGAGUUUAUGCCUCGGAGGUUCCUUGGGAGUUAAGCAUCACUUCGGGUUCUGCAUUGAGCAACAUUUAGAGGCGAAGCCUUCUUGUUUUGCUGCGGUGGUAGGAAAGGUAAAUUCGACUGGCAGCUUAACUGGGAAGCGUGCCCUUCUACGUUUGUCAUGGAUGUAGAUUUAAAGAACUGCAACCCUCCCCCCCCCUUCGGAAACGCUCCCCUCCCCUCCAGCUCCCUGUCCCAAAUCUGCAGAUCUCGGGUUUAUUUCACUUUCUCUCGCUCUGUCGCCUGUCCCUGCAGCUUUUGAGAAAUAGAGGCGGCUGGGGAGCGGUGGGGGAAAGCGAUCAUUGUCGACUCCUGGAGUAAUAAUAAUAAUAAUAAUAAUAAUAAUAAUAAAUAAUACAGACGAAUAAAUAAUACGAUCGUAAAAAUAGAAGCAAGAAUGGAAUUAAUUGCGUGCAGGGCCAUCCUGGGAGUGUGUGCGUGUGUGUGUGUGUGUAAAGCUCCCCUAAGGUUGUGUCUUGACAACGCUGGAAUUUCACUUCUAUGUGCAUUUCCAUAUUAAAAAAUAGCCUCUGCCUCUAUGUCCGGCUAAGGUUAUUUUCCAGGAAGAGACACGGCAUUGCCCUUGUCCUCGAAAUGAAUUUGUCCAUUUGUUUCUUUUACCAUUUGCAAGUCAGGAUAGUCCUCAUGCAGGAAUUAGGAAGGCUAGAAACGGGGAGGGACACGCACACGCAAAUAUAUGUAUAUUGUGUGUGUGUGUUUGUAUAGGAAAGGCAGCUAUGGAGUUGGACUGAUUGAAAAACAAAGCAGUCUUUCUGGCAUCACUUUUCCCAGAAGGAAUCAAAAGGUUUUGAUUCCUCACAACAUGACCAUUAGACAAUCCAAAAUCUUGCCUAGUGUUAGACAAUAACAUAACAUUGGGCUUUGAACAUCUGGAUAUCGUUUCUAUUGGCAGAGUGCUGGAAUUUGGGUUUGUAAAUGGGAAAUACUAUGAGUUAAGGAUGUGUGUGUGCUUCAGAAUAUAUGCUCUCCUUUGCGUGUUGAUCCUGGUGCCUCGAAUGUGCCUGAAACGGGUGACCUUUUGGGGCAAAAAAGGCUUGCUGAAUGAGACAAGGCAGGAAAAAUAGGGGGGAGAUGAAGACCUUCUGAAAAAUAGAAACAGACCUGGGAGGUGCAAAAAGAGUGCCCGUGCACACUCGUACACACACAUUUACACACGUGUCUGUGUGUCUGGCACACAUUCUUCACAUCUACCGUUCUUUUAGCUUCAUUUAAAAAAACAGCAAAAAGAGCGCAAAUCACGUGUGCGAUUUGUACGCUGUUGUGAAUGAGGUUUUGUCAACCUUUCAUAAGAGCAAACGACCCUACAUGAUGGGCAGGAGACGAGGGAAGGCGCUCUCCAAGGUGCUGACGGUUGUUCUAGCUUGGCGGCAGGAUGGUGGUCAGUUUCAGGAGCAUAAUGUUGUUUGCUACACGAUCCCUUCUCUUCCUGUGGCAGCCACUACCAGGUCAACUGAACAGGUGGGAGAGGAGAGGCGCUUAUUCUUAGCACUCCUCCGGUUAGCAUCGUCAUUGCCACCCUUCACACUUGGUUGCAAGGCGGGGGGGGGGGGUGAGGAAGACCGUCAAAUACGUGGGCUGAAGACUUUCCUUUGGGAACAUGCCCUUUCAGGAUGCCUCAGCCGAGGAGAGACAGUUUUAAAACGCAAGGGCUGUGUGUGUGUGUGUGUGUGUGUGUGUUUAAUAGGACGCGCUAUACUCUGGGGAUGGUCUCCUAUGUGCGUUAUUUGUUUGUAGGUUCCAGUGUGUGUGGCAGCCAAUGUCUGCAGCCUCUGCGUGUUUUGACGUGCUGGGGAGUGGGUUAGAGAAGGAGGGAGGUGGUUACUAAAUCAGGUUAGCCAUAAAUCAGUGGGAGGGAGGGAAGAGGGGGGUUUCCACCGACACUCAGCAUUGUGGACAGGACCUCUUUUAUUCCAGAACCGAUUUCCCCUUACACACACACACACACACACACACACAGCCCUUUAAAUGGUUCGCUUCGAUCCUCUCUAAAGAAGUGAAAAAUAAAUAAAAACUCUCUCUUCCCCUUGCAAUCUCUAAUCUACGCUGUAAAUGUCCCCGAGGCUGGGCAAGCGCACUAAGCGCACGGCGGAGGGGAAAUGGAUAUAUUCCCUAACCCGCUUGCUUUGGAAGGCUGUGGCGUUGGGCAACGAGAGCCGCGGACGGUUUGCUGGGGAUCAAGCCAGUGAUCAAUUAAACCAACAAGACGCUAAUUCCCUUUCAUUUGCUGCAGGAUUGGUAGGGAUAAAGCCCCCGUAUGCUCCUCGCUAUCAACACACCUGCUCCUGCAAAGCCAGAGACAUUGCUGCUGCGGCUGCUUUUGAUAUGUGUGAUUUUGUGUGUGUGUGUGUGUGUGUGUGUGAGAGAGAGAGAGAGAGAGAGAGAGAGAGAGAGAGAGAGAGAAAGCAAUGUAGUCAAUUCAUCAGCGCGCAAGCAAAAAUGACUCAACUACUCCCCACCCCGCUCACUCACACACUGACAGAGAGAGAGAGAAAGAGCGCGUUGCAGUGAUGAAGAGAGAAAUUUCACCACCCGUGCAAUAUCUAGAACCAUUAUGAUCAAAGAGCCUUUUGCUUGGGUUGGGGUAGCUUCGCUUUGGGAAAGCGUAGAAUGAACAACGAAGUCCUUCAGAUUAGUAGGUGUCCUCCCCCCCCCCCUUUGAUUUGAUGUCUGCUGCACCCAAAAGAGACGUCAGGAAGCCGUGUUUCUCUCCCCCCCCCCUGCCCCCAGGGAAGGGUCUCCAGGCUUCAUGCUUCCUGCAGAUCUUUCAGAGCGACUUGGGGAUUUCACUGCGAGAGGCAGAAGAUGGAUAGUGGAGAAUCAGUGUCGAUGAUGUGUGUGGUGGAUAGAGACAGCAGAGCAGACGCUCUUGGGGUGGCGGGGGAGAACUCAGCCAAGGCGAGUGGUGGAGAGAUUAAAUGAGACAGGGUGAGCCCAGAGGAUGUUCGUCUGUCUCCACUUCAGUGGAAGAACCUGAAUGGGGAAGUCGCGGACGACGAGGAGGAGGGACCAAGAAUAAGGGAUUAAGCAUGCACCGAACAUGUCAACCUCCCUUUAGGUUCUCACUGAUGCGUUACACAUUAAUAGGAAUUCACAUGCGACUAAGCAACUCACUGUUCUCCCCAGUGCAUUGAAUUGCAUCCGCUAUAUCGCAUUUCCAAAGGGGGCGGGUCUGUGGGUGCCCGUCCUUGACACAAUUCUCACCAUGCAACAGGGGAGGAAAUAGGGGGAAAGGUUUUCUUGCGGGAAACAAUUUGUUGAAGAGAAGACCUACAUGUAUGCCUGGUGAUUUCUAUUCCAGACUUUUUUCCUCCACCAGCUCCAUUUUUCACCAUAAAAUACCCACCAGCUUCAGUUUUUGAAAGGCUCUGCAAGUUGCUACAACCUACUUGAAGGUUAAGUGUAAUGAUUAUUAACUACCGCUAAACUGCUGAAAUAAAUUUGACGUUUUUUGAAGUUGACUUUUGGUUUUAAAAAGUAAGCGAAAUUUAGAGAAACGGGGGAGGGGAGAGAAAGAUUUUAAACUCCACUCCAAAUAAUUCAAAACAGUGUAUCUUUAAGAGGAUAUUAUACAUAUAUAGAUAUUAUACAUAUAUAUGGAACAACUUGACAGAAAUGAGGUUGCUAUUAUUAUAAGUGAUGCAACUGCAUUUUAUUUGUUUAUUUAAGGGACACUUUAAAAAGAAGCGUCAAAAGACGGUUUGAUAUGUGUGGUCUCCAUUUAAAAUAUAUCCGGUCCAAUUAAAUGAUCCUGAAAGGGAAAAUGACUUUUGUGAUGAGAACAAAGCAAAGCAGAUCCUCUUCCAGCUUUGAGACGCGUGUGCGCGCGCGUGUGUAGAUGCGUGCGUAGAUGAAGUGUGAAGGAUAGGAUUGAUCACAGUUCUCUGGAGUCGGAAUUCAGGGUUGGGUAUCGCGCGCUGUUUACCUUGCUAGGAGCUGUCCAGUUGACGUGGUGCUGAUCUGUUCCCCAGCAUACCUGGUGCAAGCAGUCAGAGCAGCGGGCAAGUGCGAUGCGGUCUUUCAGGGCUUCUCGAACUGUGUGCUCAAGAUGGGCAAUAAGAUUGCCACCUACCCUCAAGACCUGGACGACAAGAGAAAUCUCGAAACAAUCUGCCGGUAGGUGCACCUCUUCUUGUUAUGGCUCUUCACGGUGAUUCUUUACUUUAUAACACUGUAUACGUAUGUGCGUGUGUUUUGCAGGGAGUGGGGCUUUGACUUUUUGUUGAGAUCUCUAUGCUACUGUCAUGUGAACCUAAAGCUCUGUAGCCAGACAAAAGACUACCAGUUUGCCAGAGGAGUUGUUCUUUCAUGUGUAGUUUGCUUGCACGCUGCACAGGCUUAAUCCUCAACAGACUGAAAUGCUAAGCUAAGUAUAACCAUGCAAAGCACGCAUGGAUGUUGGGUGCAGUCUUCACCCUGUUAAUGUAAAUGGCAACAACCUCGUCGUUUUAAUACCCCGAUGUUAAGCACCUAGAAGUCCAUCAGAAUUCAACGGGAUUUGCUUCCAAAUAUGUGUGCAUUUCAUAUCUCGGCUCUCACUAGGCCCUGUUACAAUUAGGGGUUUUCAAAUUAUUGUUAUUAUUCUGAUACAUUGUGCGAUGGUUCUUCUAUUUUCCUUCUGAUUUCUUUUUGCUAGUAACAAUAAUCAGCAGGACAGUAUUCACGUCCCUGCCUGCUCAAUUAAUAGCGUCAUGCACAUAAAAUGCAUAGGAACAACAACUUUGCUUCCACUCCCAAAAAAUUUGGUAUUGUCCCUCUGAGGUUUGAAACGGUAGUUUUCAAUGCCUGAGACAAGGCUUGCAGCAGAGGUGUCCAGCUCUAUUGUCUCCUUAGUCCACUUGGAAGAGCUUUUAACGGAAUAGGUUUAUUCUAUCUGAAGGUAUGAUGAGGAAUAGCUACCCAAAAUGAGCGAAAGGGGGUGGAUAAUGCUUUAAAAUGCUCGCGAGGGCUGGUAAAGUUUUAGAAUGUGAUGUAAAACUGCGAUGUAAUCUUACAGUGCACCGCACUAUAAUUUCAGUACAAAUGUCUGCUUUGUCAUGCCAUGUGGUCACUUACUAUAGUGUUGUUUUGUGUGUGUAAUGUAAUACAGCCCAUAUUAAACUGAAUCGUGAUAAUGUGGUGUUGUGUUGGGAUCCCCACCCCAUCCGUUGCAAGAGUUGCUGCAGUUAAGGUUGCCAUGUGUCCUCUUUUUCCAGGGCACGUUCUCUAUUUCAGGGGUAGAAUCUGAGACAAAAUUGCAUUCAUUUGCUUUGAAUAGCCGUCAUAGCGUCCUCUUUUUUUGCCCUUCAAAAUAUGACAACUCUACUGUAAAGUACAGAGCGGGGAUUCAAACCUAGGUCUCCCUGUCCCAAGCCUCCUUAUAGGACAUCCCUUUAGAAUUCGUAUUUUAAAACGAAGACAUUAAAAAGUUUUAAACUGCAACUGAACAGCCUGGUGUGGUUUUUGCAAGCCAUUUUUGGAGCCCCGAAGGCGCUAUAGAUGCAAGUGGUCUUGUUUCCCGUGAGGGAACGAGAGAGAUCAUAUUUCUACAGGGCAACCGAAUCUAAAUCCCAAACCAGUGGACAGAUUGUGUGCGUAAAUUUGCCUCCCACCUACUCGCUGCUAAGCAAAAUUCGAAAACAAGAUUUCAUUCUACCAAAAUAUCUUGAGUUAGGUUGUCCCAUUCCAGUCCACUAUUUAGAUGGGAAGUUGACACGCAGCCAAACUGUUUUCAUGUUUCCUUGAGAGCAAGCCCCUCUCAUUUUAACUGGACUUAACAUCCAAGUCAGACUGUAAUGAUCAUGUUCCACAGAAUCAAAUGAAAUUUGUUUCCAACACCACGGCAGCAGCCUGACACUUUAAACUGGUUUUACUGGGAAUGAUACCGUUGGAUUUACUGGGAUUUACUUCUGAAAAAGCCUGCCUAUAUAGAAUCGGACUGUAAACGUGCUGAGGCUUUCAAGUCUUAAUUGGACACCGAAACUUAACUUGCUCGAAAUAUAUAUAAAAAAAUAUGCUGAAGGCAUUGGGACUAAUUCCCUGUUAAAUCCGAGUACCCAUCGGCUUGAAUCCAAAAUUACUUCCUCUUGAAUUGUGUGGGCGAGGAUAAAAGCAGCUCAGAUCAAACUGGGCUGUGUAUUUACCUCAAAGGUAAAUUCAUUCAUUUAGAAAUUAGUGCUUUUGAAACCACUGUUUAGAAUUGGGUUGCAUCUAGGCGGUUUUAUUGGUUUAUUUUUGUUAAUAGGGGCGGAGGAACAGUGUAGUUGAUUAUAAAGAUGGGAGCCGAAAUUCCAAAGAGAAUUGCCCAUUCUUCCCCUCUCCCUGCAAAAUCCAACGUCCCACCUCGCAAUAUAAUAGCGAGGGAUUGCCUUUUGCUUUCUAUUCCUUUCCUCAGGACAUUUCGUUUGAAUGACUGGCAUUCCAGCUAGACCUCUAUCUAUAUGAGACAGCAACAAAAUACUCUGGUGUUGGCAGCAACAUGGCGCGGUCCUGGGGGGGAGAAAUCGAAAGAUACCCCCUUCCCUCCAAUCAUGAGAAACGCCAGCCACCGCCCAGCCAUCAUAAUGUACAUUCAGCGGAGACAUUCGCUGCCCCCGCGCGCAAGACAGCAACUCCCGCUUCCCAGCCGUGUUGGAAACCUCCGUUGUUUCCCAGAAAAUGUCUGCCUGGGAUCCUGCUUGACAGAACAACUAGUUAGCUACAAAAAAUACAAAAUAAGAGAGCUGCAGUAUGCUUGGCGCGAGACAGAAAGGAAGUGGGGAGCAGGAGGAGGAGGAGGUUGGAGGAAGAGGCGCCCCCACCAACACACACACACACACACACACACACACACACACACACACACACACACACACCUCUUGGCCUAGAUUCUGGAGUCAGAACCCCUCGCAGCUCCACGGAUCAUGCGCCUAGAUUCUAGGGAGGUCGCCUCCUCUCUCCCUCCCUUCUUCUCUGUGCGCGCGCUCUCUCUCCCCUCUCUCUCUCUCGCCCUUGUGUGUGUAUUGAAAGAAGCUCAGGGAAGAUUUAGUUUUCCUUUGGGAGAUGCAAUUACGGCAGAAAUACAGUAGAAGAGGCGCCCUCUCCAGCCUUCACGCCAUCUCCAUGCCUCAUUAUUUAUUACAAAUGCAGCCAGCGUUGGACUCCACGAGACCAGUCCCGAGUGCUCAUAAAUUAGAGUUUGCGCCACGUUUCCACACACACACACACCGCCCCCCGCCCCAAGCCAUCCAGAGUAAUAGCCACCCUUAGCCAAAACGCCUACAUUUGGCAACGGGGAGGGUUAGGGUGUUGCUGUUGGGUUUUGUUCGUUUUAAAAUCCUUUGGAGCGGAGGGAAAGAACAAAAGAGCCCUUAUGUAGGCACUUACCUGUGGAUGCCGGCCUAGAUCAGGAGGCGCCACUCUGCUCUAAAAGGCAACUCUGCGGCACAGCUGGGACGGGAUGCUAUUGUUGUUUGUUCUGCAAAAAGGAAUCGGUUCUAAUCUUGGAACGAGGAGAUGGUCAGCUUGCAAGUAGAUUAGGUCAGGCGCGCAAGCGGUGCGUGCUCAUUAUGGCAAAGGAAAGGGGCAUAUUACAUAACACACACAGGCAGAGCUGAGGAAAGGAAUAGGGCUGCCUAAAAGCAGUCAGUGGGAAGAGCUUGUGGGUCAGAACUGCACGCUCUGGGGAGCAUCAGAUUACACCGAAAUGUUCCAGCAAGUUAAGAGACCAGUGGUGGCAGAAAGGCACUCUGCACAUGCUCCAAAGACACCCAUCAUUUUUGGUGUCAUAGAAUUGUAGAGUUGGAAAGGGACCCCAAGGCUCUUCUAGAUUCUUGCAGUGCAGGAAUCUUAACUAAAACACCCAAGACAGAUGGCCAUCCAAAUCUGCUUAAAAACCUCCAAGGAAGGAGAGUCCACAACCGCCUAUGGGCGUCCAUUCCACUGUUCAACAGCUCUUGCUGUCAGAAAGCUUUUUCUGGUGUUUAGUCGUGUUCACAGCAAACCACCCUGUCAUUAAGAGAAAAUUUGAGGACUAAGCCAUGGUGACUUCUAGCUCAAGUGAAGCCCGCAUUCAUGCCAUCAAUGACUGGUGGCAAUUAAGUAGGUUCAGCCAUUCACACAUUCAAGUAUUGGGGCCAUGGGGGAGGCGCACUCUGCUUCUAUAUGCACCAGCAGCCCCCAAAACAGGUCACACUGUUCACCCCAACCUCUUAAGAAUAGUUGAUGUUAUUAAACAUAUCUGAAAGCAGAAACAACAGCAAGCAAGGAUGCCAGCUGUGAGCCAUCAUCAAGUUCACCAAAGAAGGCCAAAAUGAAGGCCCCUACAGUGGUCUCUCUUCGGUUCAUAUAAUCAUAGAAUUGUAGAGUUGUAAUGGACCCCAAGGGACGCGGGUGGCGCUGUGGGUUAAACCACAGAGCCUAGGACUUGCCGAUCAGAAGGUCGGUGGUUCAAAUCCCCGUGACGGGGUGAGCUCCCAUUGCUCAGUCCCAGCUCCUGCCAACCUAGCAGUUCGAAAGCACGUCAAAGUGCAAGUAGAUAAAUAGGUACCACUCGGGCAGGAAGGUAAACAGCAUUUCCGUGCACUGCUCUGGUUCGCCAGAAGCGCCUUAGUCAUGCUGGCCACAUGACCUGGAAGCUGUACGCCGGCUCCCUCGGCCAAUAAAGCGAGAUGAGUGCGGCAACCCCAGAGUCAGUCACGACUGGACCUAAUGGUCAGAGGUCCCUUUACCUUUUAAUGGACCCCAAAGGUCAUCUGGUUCAACCCCUUCCAAUGCAGAAAUCUCUGCUAAAGCAUCCAUGACAACCCCAAACAGAAGUAGGCACUGGACUACAAUUCCCAGUUUCUGCAGCCUGCUUAAUCUGCCAGCAACCUGAUCCUAAGGACAACUAGCUUGGAACUUGGAAUGAACUUCUACUGAGUUAGCAUUGGCACUCAUUCAAAGGCACUAUGGUUCCUUGCCCAAUAUAUAUAUUCAGACAAAGGUGAAGGUUGGGAUGGGAAACAGAAUUGCUGCCAGCACCUUUGUCCAACCAUUAAAAUAGUCCGCCAAAUGUUCGUAAAUAUGACAGUGUUUGCCAUGUAGAUAUUGCCAUAAAAAAGGUGGCAGCAUUUACACAUCAGGAUCCUUCCAAAGCAUUGCUUAUGCCCUUGACUUAAGUGUUCUUGGAAUGUGCCUACUGACCACCCUCCAAUGGAUGGAGCCAUGCAACUGAUAGCCGCUGGGCAACUUUGUAGGAGCUUUGUCGAAGAUUUGUGGCUCUCCAGUACAUGUUAUGUUACAUCAUGUUUUUGUGCAGAAAUUAUCCCUGUACCUUAAUCAACCAAGCAGAAUUUUGCUGCACUUGGACUUUACAUGUGAAAUCCCCUUGCUGUAAAUGCAUCAUUAUAAUUCUGUUUGUGCAACAAGCUUUAGAGACCAUUGUAUAUACCAUUUUUGCGGGGGGUGGGGGGACGGACCACUUGUUAUUGUUCUGUGCUUGCUUCCUUUGCCCCAUUUUGCUAAUGUAAUUUGGACACUGACAGCGUGGGGGGAAAUUUUUUUGUUUGAAAUUCCCCUUUUAGGUCUUUUAUGGUAUAUUUAGUUUUUAUUUUACCAGCUUCUUUCCCACCACAAUAAACUUCCCCCGGUUCUUUAGUUUAGUUCAAUCCAGACCAAAUGACGUAAUGCAGAAAUAUGUGGUUUCUGAUUCUUGUGUUUAGAAUACUGAGGUUUAAGCACAUGUCUACUCCUAGGGCUAAUUAAACCCCAAUUAAAUUCCUGUCACACACACACACACACACACACACACACACACACACAGGCUCUCAGGUUAUCACUCAAACUGGUUUCCCAAUGUGUGGAAGGGUAUCAAGCUUUAAUGCUAAGAAGACUCAGAUUUAGCACCUGUUUUCAGUAUCAGGACUUAGCCCCAGAAUAUGUGAAGUAAUAAAUUACCUAUUUAUUUAUUUGGAUUUAUCAUUUACAUUGAUACCCACCCUUUCUUCCAAGGAGAUUAGGACAGCUAACAUGGUUCCCUAUCCCCCAUUAUAUCCUCACAAGAACCCCAUGAGGUUGGUUAGGUUGAGCAUUAGUGAUUUUUUUUUUUUACUUAUUUAUUAAUUAAAUUUGUAUACCACCUUACAUCCAUAGAUCUCAGUGCAGUUUACAGCAAUGACAGCCCAAGGUUACCCAGUGAGCUUCAUAAUAACAGACUUCCAAGAGGGGUGGUGGACUCCGUCCUUGGAGGUUUUUAAGCAGAGAUUGGAUUGCCAUCUGUCAUGGAUGCUUUAGCUGAGGUUCUGGCAUUGCAGAGGGUUGGACUAGAUGACCCUUGGGUCCCUUAAAACUCUAAGACUCUACGAUAAUAAUAAAAUUAUUAUUAAUGUGGAAUGCCCUCCCAGAAGAUGUCAAGGAGAUAAAUAAUAAUACAACUUGUAGAAGACAUCUGAAGGCAGUUCUGUAUAGGGAAGUUUUCAAUGUUUGAUGUUUUAUUAUGUUUUUAUAUCUGCUGGAAGCUGUCGGGGGUGGCUGGGACAACCCAGUCAGAUGGGAGGGGUAGAAAUAAUAACAUCAUCAUCAUCAUCAUCAUCAUCAUCAUUAUUAUUAUUAUUACUUGAGUCCUCCAAUCCUGAACCACAAUUUCAAUGCAAUUGUAAAUUAAGGCAGUUUGUGAUAUGCUCGCGAGAACUACUUUUUUAAACUCAGAAACUCAGCCCUGGAACAUUAGAAAUUAUAAAGAAGACUGUCCCUUUGAGCCUACGCCGAGUGAAUUCUCAUCGCAAUUGGGGAAUUACACCUCUCCACCCCCCACAUCAGGGACGCCAGUGGCGCUGUGGGUUAAACCACAGAGCCUAGGACUUGCCGAUCAGAAGGUUGGCGGUUUGAAUCCCCGCGAUGGGGUGAGCUUCCGUUGCUCGGUCCCUGCUCCUGCCCAGCUAGCAGUUCGAAAGCACGUCAAAGUGCAAGUAGAUAAAUAGGUACCGCUCUGGCGGGAAGGUAAACGGCUCUCUGCGCGCUGCUCUGGUUCGCCAGAAGCGGCUUAGUCAUGCUGGCCACAUGACCCGGAAGCUGUACGCUGGCUCCCUCAGCCAAUAAAGCGAGAUGAGCGCCACAACCCCAGAGUCGGCCACGACUGGACCUAAUGGUCAGGCGUCCCUUUACCUUUACCCCCCACAUCCUGCCCCACCAGACACACUUUAAGGGAGGGAGACAGUGAUUACAAAGCCCCUUUUAUUUCCUCAACUAAACAUCGGGAGAGAGAACCUCAAGACAUCUAUCAUGUCUACAUAUCCACAGCACUGCGAUUGGAAGGUGGGGGGAGAUUCCAGGUGAGGAGACCCUCAUAGUGCAGCAGUCCUCUGCAUGAAGAAGGUCCUUAGUAUAAACCCUCCCAUCCUCAGUUAAAAGAAUCUGUUUGGAUACAGGCUGCUGCACUCAAUAGACUCUUCUUAUGUUCUUAGCAGCAGAGGCUAAGAAAGGACUCUGUUGAGACACUGAAAUGCUACCACCAAGUCAGAGUAGAUAUUCCUGAGCUGGCCUAUGUGUUGAAAAUGGGCUGAAACCCGGUGAAACAGAUUUUAACUGAUAGAUUAAUUGAUGGGCCCAUUAACAGAUGAGUCUAUCAAUAACGAAUCUGCAUGAGAAUGCAAUCUUUUCUGAAGCAAGGAGCCCAUUCCACUGUAGUUUGACGAUGCACACAUGAACUCUACAAGACAUUGUUUUGGCAGAGCCAUUCCUCCUAGGUGGGUGGGUGGGAAUGUCUCUCUUACGAUGAGUUCUACCAUCUGCUCUUUGGGUAAAAACUUGUACCACAAACAUUACUUUGUAUUUUUUAAAACUCUGCUGUCCAAUUAUGGGGGUGACAUUGCUCUAACUUACUCAUUGAGUAAACACCCAGCGCUGACAGGGAACUCGCUUUCUCCUCCUGUUCUGCAGUCAAGAAAGGCACUAAUCCCAAGGUCGGCAAAGUAACCUAGGGAGGAAGAGGAGCAGCUCAAUGUAGACAGAGCAUGCUCAGUAGCCAUGGAAUGUUGGCUGUUGCAGGUGGGAGGGAAACAGUGGGUGGAAUGGAGUAUCCUGGGAAAGGGAAUGGCUGGCUGGCAGGAAUCACACACUAACAUAGGAAGCUACCAUAUACUGAGUUCAGUGGUACCUCGGGUUACAUAUGCUUCAGGUUACAUACGCUUCAGGUUACAGACUCCGCUAACCCAGAAAUAGUACCUUGGGUUAAGAACUUUGCUUCAGGAUGAGAACAGAAAUCGUGCUCCGGCGGCGCAGCAGCAGCAGGCCCCAUUAGCUAAAGUGAUGCUUCAGGUUAAGAACAGUUUCAGGUUAAGAAUGGACCUCCGGAACGAAUUAAGUACUUAACCCGAGGUACCACUGUACAUCCAGCUCAGAGUUCCCUAAGCGUCACAGGGGUCUUUCCUAGCCCCACCUGAGGAGAGGAUGCUCUCCUAUUAGAGAUUAGGCCUGGAAGGAGGGAGGGCCUUGUGACAGCCGACCAUUCCUGACCGACUUCUGUCCUUUGUCUUUUUUCCCCUCACCCCCUUCUAUGCUUAGGUACUGGGAUGAUUUCCAUGCCUGCACCCUCACAGCCCUCACAGAUUGCCAGGAAGGGGUGACAGACGUCUGGGAAAAACUGAAAGAGAAAUCCAAAAAGCUUGACUACGAAGGCAACUUGUUUGUCCUGUGCAGCAAAACACAGCGGGCGGCUUCGUCGGUGGUGGCUUCGGCCUCCCCUUUGCUGCUGGUGGCUCUCUCGGUGGCCCUGGCGACGUACUUCUCAUUUUAGAAGGCCGCCCCCCCCGCCCAGCACUUCGUGUAGAGCACGCCUGUCCACAUGACGACGAUGACGUUUCCUCCUCGCCCCACCUCCUCUUCCUCCUGCCCACCCACCUUCUUCUUCUCUCUUUCUCCAGGAACUGGAUUUACAGAGGAAAAGUCUCCAUCUUUUUUGCUUUGGGGGAACGAGGGGAGGGGAAGAUCUGUUGCGAAUUCUCCAUGACGCCCGCCAUGACACCCACCUGAGAAAGGUUUGGGGAGGAAAGAGAGAGAUAAACGGCCGCCACCAAGAACUACCACCGCCACCACCGCUCUGACGACGACAAGAAGCACGUUUCUCUCUCUCUCUCUCUUGGCCUCCCUGGUUUCUUUUGCAUUCUGAUGAUUUGCCAAAUGGUACCAAAUGGCAGGCCUCCAAGCCAGCCAACAGCCAAAAUCGGACCUCAGCUUUAUGCCUCUUCUUCUUCUUCUUCUUCUUCUUUAGACCAAGGUCAGCUGGAGCCCUUCUUUCUUGUGUGCAAAAAGAAAUCUCAGGAACGGCCUUCGAGCCACCACCGAAUACUCCUAAUAAAAUAAAAUUUAAAAAGCGUUAAUAGGUAAUAAGAGUAAUAAUAAAACUAGAAUGCUAGUGAGGACACUGCUUGCAGCGACAAACGGAGGGGCUCUUCUGGGAAACAUCUACGGGGAAGGAUGAGUUGAGCGAGGAAAUGUAAAAGGAAAAGAAGAAGGGUUGGGGAAAAACAAAGGAAAGGGAAGAGGGGGGAGGGGGAGAAGGGAACCGGAAAUGGAUACACCUUCGCUUGGCCACGUGCGGGAAGAAGCACUCAAUGGUGAAUUAACCCACAGACGAUCAUCUUUCCUUGGGAACUCGUGUUUUCUUUUGUUUUCCAAGAAUUUUUCCGGCCAUUCCACUUUAAAGACGUAAGACUCCCCGCCCCCCUGCCCUUCCUGAUGGUGUGGCUUAGGGGGGCAGAGAGAAAGCGAAAGGACAACCGAACGAGGGAAAGCCAAGAGGGACAAAUAUUAAAAAGGCGAUUUCGCUGAGAUGACCUAAUGAAUGCUGCUGAGUUUGCUGAGAGUUGAGCUUUACUUAAGAGUCAAGGCAUUUUUUUCAAUUGUCACUGCCUUUUUUCUUUUCUUUUCUUCUUUUCUUUUUCAAAGUUUCCCCCUCUUCUUUUUUAGGUGUUCCACCAUUGACGUACGAUAUCUUAAUUAUCC